AUGGCGCAGAAACGGCUUAUGAGCGAGCUACAGGCGCUCCAGAAGGAGAAGUGGGUUCAUGUUGUGGUGGAUGAGCGGAAUCUUCUUCACUGGAAGAUCGGUCUGAUGGUCGUCAACCCUGACAGUGUCUUUAAUGGAGCCUACCUGAAGGCCACGAUGACGUUUUCCUCCGAAUAUCCCUACCAACCGCCGACGUUCCAGUUCGCCAGUAAGAAGAUCGUUCACCCCAACAUCUACCCCGACGGCAAGCUAUGCAUCUCGAUCCUACAUACGCCGGGCGAAGAUGACCAGUCGGGCGAGCAGGCCUGCGAGCGCUGGUCUCCGCUCCAAGGCGUCGAGUCGGUCCUCCGAUCUGUCCUGCUGCUCCUGGACGACCCGGAAAUCAACUCUCCCGCCAACGUGGACGCUGGUGUCCUGUACCGCGAUAACCGCGCCGAGUAUAACAAGAAAGCGGCCGAGACCAUAGAGGCGUCGAAGAAGGAUAUCCCACGGGGCGUCAAGUUCCCCACGCCUGCGGAGCUCGAACCGGCGCCCCAGAAAUCCCCAGACGAUGAUGCGUUCUGGAACGAGACAGAUGAGGAGGCGGACUUCGAUCUGGGUGGUAGCGAUAGCGAUUUCGAGAUGGACGAGUACAACGAUGACGAGGAAGAUGAAGAUGCGGACGAUCGGAGUACCAGGGCAGCUGGCAAGAAGGAUAACACGGCGUGA